AUGGAAGCCACCGAGGCCGCAAGCAAGGUUGAGGCGCUCUUCGUAGAGUUGGCGAAUCAAGGCCGAGCCGUCGUGCGUGAACAGCCAAAGCUUGAUCUAGAGCUCUAUGUUCAAAACUACAAAGGGCGAACACGCUUCGAUAGACUCUUUCACAUUGGACGCACGAGCACCGUUCUCUGCAUUGAUGCCCUCAAAGCCGCCGUCAUCGAGGCGAAAGCGGGAAAGGAUGUCGACCGAUACCGAGACGCAGUCGACACCCUCCGUCAGGCUUCCCGCAGCGAUUCAGAGGCAGAAAUAGACAGGGCAUGGAUAGAUAAAACCUCGUCGUCAAACAAGGCAGAGACGCAGCAUCUCGAGAGCCAGCUCAAGGUGUAUCGAAGCAACUUAGUGAAAGAGAGUGUUCGUAUUGGAAAUGAAGAUCUUGGCCAACACUACGAGUCAAUAGGGCAGCUGCAAAAGGCAGUUGAGGUCUAUAGCAACAUGCGAACCGAUGCGAGCACGCCAAAGCACCUGAUCGACGUUGGCAAACACCUGACGCGCGUCGGCGUGCAAAUGCGAGACUGGGCGAUGGUGAUGCUCCAGCUCAACAAAUUGGCGAGUCUGGAGGGUCAAGAAGUCCUCGAGGAUGCCUCAGCGACCCGUCGGUACGUCAACAUUGUGAGAGGGCUUGCCCAUCUCGAAGGCGAGGCGUUCAAGGACGCGGCGCAGUGCUUCUUGUCCGUGGAUAACAGCACGAGGCUGGCGAGCGAGCGCGACAUCCCUAGCCCCAACGAUAUUGCUGCGUACGGUGCAAUCCUAGCCCUCGCGACCAUGGAUAGGGCGGCCUUGAAGACUAAGGUUCUGGAGAGCCCAACCUUCCGGCCGUUCCUCGAGCUGGAGCCGCAUCUCCGGAAGGCUCUUGGUCUCUACGUGAAUGGCAAGUAUACUGCGUGUUUAGAAAUAUUGGGGUCGUACAAGCCAGAUUAUUUGCUUGAUCUGUACCUCUACAAGCACGUCGAAACUCUCUACAAGCAGAUUCGAACAAAGUGUAUUGUUCAAUACCUGAUCCCAUACGCGUCCAUCAAGAUGGAAAGCCUCGAAACGGCGUUUGGCAGGCCUGGGCAGUCCAUCGGAAUUGAGCUAUGCGAAAUGAUUCGGAGCGGGGUUCUAAGUGCGAGAAUCGACUCAAUUAACAAGCUCCUGGUCCAAGUUACCCCAGACCCCGAGCAAUCUUGCAACGGGAUGCUUUGGAAGCGGUGA